UAGUUAUAUAAAUCAUAUACUAUGAUAUAAUACAAUAGAAAGUGUAAAAGUAGGAAAUAAUGUUUAUUGAUAAUGAUAGCUAAUAAUAAUAUAAUUUUAAUGUUUGUUCGUAUUUUUCUACCGGAAAACGCCGGGCUUACCUGCUAGUUUUUUUUUGCUAUUUAUUUAAUGAACAGAGGGCUAAGAAUUAUUUAAAGAAAAAUAUUCUGUGUAUGCUUACAAUGGAAGCAUUCGCAAACAAGACAGGUCGUUCUGCUUUAUUUAACUUCAGUUUCAACCAAGUGUCGAUGGUUCUAGAGGAAUAUAUGCAGAGGAAUAGAAUAUUUGAAAGGAAUACGGAAAUAAUCAUAAUAGUGUGUUAUGCAUUUUUAAUGGUAUCUGGAAUUUUUAGCAAUUUAUUAGUGACCGUUGCCAUCUUUCGUAAUAAAAUAAGAACAAAUCGUAAUCUGCUCGUAGUAAAUCUAAAUUUUACCGACAUCACAUUGUGUAUAUUUUGCAUGCCGUUCACUGCACUGGUUUUAGUAAAACGCCAUUGGCCUCUAGAUGAAAGCCUUUGCAAAAUUGUACCUUUCCUUCAAGGUUCUACGGUCUUUGUGUCAGCAGCUACAGUAUCAGCUAUUGCUAUCGAUAGAUAUAACGUUGUUACAUCUCGCGUACCGCAGAAAAGAGAAGACAGAGAAAAAAGAAUAGCAUAUUUUAUUUUUGUAAUAUGGAUAAUAUCGAUAAUUCUUUCCAGUCCGGUAUGUUUUUCUCAAACUGUCAGUACUGUUGGUCUACCUGGUAUUGCUAUAUACAAACGCUGUGUGGAGCACUGGCCUUCCAAUUUUACAAAAAGCACCUAUACUAUAAUAAUUGUUCUGGCUCAGUUCAUUAUUCCCGCAACAGUAUUAGUGAUUACACACUUCAGAAUUAAAUCUCACUUAAAUCUUACCCUUUUUCAGCAAACUUUUGCUGGAUUUCGUAAAGAUUAUGAGAAAAUUCGUAAAGAAUUAGGAAGAAAUAAAAGAGCAACAAUGGUCUUAAUGAAUAUUACUGUCGUUUUUGCUGCUAGUUGGUUACCUUGGAAUGUUGUUAAUUUAGUUGCAGACUUUCAUCCAACUAGUAUGUCAGCUUACAACCUUUAUCUUUCUUUUGCUAUAUGUCAUAUAAUUGCUAUGACAUCUGCUACGUCGAAUCCUAUUUUAUACGGUUGGCUUAAUACUAAUAUAAGAAGAGAACUUUUAAGGUUUGGACAUUCCGUAGGAACAGUAUUAUCUUCUCUAAAGAGCACGAAUAGUGAUAAUCUUCCUACGAAUACUUAUAAUAUCAAAUCACCUUUUUCAAUUGAAGAAUUAAAAACGAAUAAAAUUCCAUGUAUCGAGUCUGUUAUUUAAAUUUGUGUAAAUUAUUGAU